AUGGAGUCCGCGGCGGCGAGCGCCUUCUUGAAGGCCGUGAUGGGGAGGCUGUUCAUGGCGCUGGAGAAGGAGUACAACAAGCACAAGGGCCUCUCGCAGGAAGCGCAGUCACUCCAGCAGGACCUCCGCAUGAUCGCCGCCGUCAUGGACGACCAGCUCCGCGCCUUGGGGAGGACGAACGACGCCCGCGCGCGCACGGCCGUCGCGCGGCUGCACGCCGAGGAGAUGCUUGACCUUGCGCACGACAUCGAGGACUGCGUCGACCGCUUCUUGCACCGCCUCACCUGCAGGCGGCAGCGCGGCGCCGGCGCCGGCGCAGGGCCCGGAGCGUCGUCGUCGUCCCUGGUGCGCAGGAUGGCGCACGAGCUCAGCAAGGUCCAGAGCCGGUCGAGCUUCGCCGACGAGAUCCAGAAGCUCAAGAGGCGCAUCAGGGAAGCGCAGCAGCGCGUCAUCGACAUCAAACCUAUCGUGGAUGUCAUCACCGGUGGCGGCGGCGGCGGCGACGGCCAACCCACCGGUGCCGCCGGCUCGUCGUCAACGCUGCCGUGCCGUGCCGCACGCAGCCCGGUGGGCCUCGUGGAGCCCGUGGAGGAGCUCCUCUCGCUGCUGGACGAGGUGGACGGCCAGCCGGAGCAGACGAGGGUCAUCUCCGUCGUCGGGUUCGGCGGCUCCGGGAAGACCACCCUCGCGAAGGCGGUCUACGACGAUCCUCGCGCAAAGGACAGAUUCCCCUGCCGUGCUUGGGUCACCGUCGCUAGCUCGCCGGAGAACAGCAAUGGGACGACGGCGAUCCUGCGUGCUGUACUCCAGCAAGUUCUUCCCAAAGACGACGCCAUGGGUGUUGACGAGCAACACGAUCUUGAAACCUCGCUCAAAGAAUACCUGAAGGACAAGAGGUAUUUAAUUGUCAUCGACGACAUUGGGAUGGAUCAAUGGAGCAUUAUAAGAUCGACCUUUGAAGACAAUGGUACAAGCAGCAGGAUAAUAGUGACCACAAUGAUUCAGUCAGUAGCAAAUAUGUGCAGUCAUGGCAAUGGUUAUGUGUAUCAAAUGAAUACACUUGGUGAAGAAGAUUCCAAGGAACUAGCUUUUCCAGGGUUUAGAUCACCUGAGUUGGAGCAAGGUUCAGCGUCAUUAUUAGGGAAAUGUGAUGGUCUUCCUCUUGCUCUGGUUAGUGUCUCUGAUUAUCUAAAGAGCUCAAGUGAGCCCACAGGAGAGCUGUGUGCAAAGCUGUGCCGCAACCUUGGUUCUCAUCUGAAAGAGCAGGAUGGCCAUUACAGCUUUUCAAAACUCAGUAAGGUGCUCCAUGACAACUAUGACAAUUUUUCUGGCUAUACUCUCAGCUGCUUGCUGUACCUUGGUAUAUUCCCAAACAAUUGUCCUCUGAAGAAGAAAGUUCUAAUCAGAAGGUGGUUAGCCGAAGGAUAUGCACGAAGUGACUCUCUCCGUAGCGAAGAGGAUAUUGCAGAUGAGAAUUUCAGUAAGCUUAUUGACAGGAACAUUAUUCGGCCAGUUGACACAAGAAACAAUUCUGAAGUGAAAACCUGUAAAACUCAUGGAAUUAUACACGAGUUUUUGCUGAACAAGUCCUUGUCACAGAUAUUCAUCGCGAAAUCAUCUCGUGAUCAUCCAAGACUCAGUGUCAAUACUAAUGCACGCCACCUUUCUUUCCAUGCUGAUCAAUUGACAGAGUGUGUGGCAUCUGAUGAAGAGUUAUCUCGUGUCCGAUCUCUGACAAUCUUUGGGGAUGCAGGUGAAGCGAUUUUUUAUGUUCAAAGGUGCAAGCUGAUACGAGUCUUGGAUCUACAAGAGUGCAAUGAUUUGGAUGACGAUCAUCUGAAAUACAUAUGCAAACUAUGGCAUCUGAAAUACCUGAGCUUUGGGGGCAAUAUCAGUGAGCUUCCAAGGAGCAUUGAGGGCCUUCACUGUUUAGAGACACUGGAUUUAAGGAGAACCGAGAUAAAGUUUUUGCCCAUUGAAGCAAUCAUGCUGCCCCAUUUAGCUCACCUGUUUGGAAAGUUUAUGCUUCAUAAAGAUGAUGUGAAGAGUGUGAACAAGAUGAGUAGACUGCAAAAAUUUUUCUCCUCCAAAAAGAGCAAUCUGCACACUUUAGCAGGAUUUAUCACUGACGAAAGCAAAGGUUUUCUGCAACAUAUUGGCGAUAUGAAAAGGCUGAGGAAGGUUAAGAUAUGGAUCAAACAUGUUGCAGGUAGCAACAAUUACAUCGCUGAUCUUUCACAGGCCAUUCAGGAUUUCACCAAGGCUCCCAUUGACAGGGAUAUUGAUCAUUCUCUCUCGCUUGAUUCCGAAGAAUGCCCUGAAAAUUUCCUGAGUUCACUUGAUUUGAAGACAUGCUCUGAAGGUUCCAAAUAUGCUUUGAGGUCGCUAAAGUUAAAUGGAAAACUUCACCAGUUGCCACCAUUUGUUACUUUGUUGUCAGGCCUCACUGAGCUUUGCAUUUCAUCAGCUACGCUGACACGAAAUCAUCUAUCAGCACUGAUCAAUCUGAACAGACUGCUCUACAUCAAACUGGUUGCAUAUAAGUUCAAUAAUUUCGAAAUAAAACCUGGUGCAUUCCCGAGCCUGCGACGCCUGUGCUUUGUGGUGAAAAGUGUCACUUCAGCUCUGCCAACAAUCAAGCAUGGAGCUCUCCCAAAUCUCAUCUCACUUGGGCUGCUCUGUCAAGGUCUAGUUGGUCUUUCUGGCAUCGAGAUCACGCACAUGAAACAUCUCAAGGAAAUCACGAUUAACUCUGGAGUGGAUGUACAAUGGGAACAGGCAGCAAAGAACCAUCCAAAUAGGCCUAAAGUUUUAUUCCUCACAAAGGUUAGUCUAGUGGAAAGAGAGGACAAUGAAAGAACUUGUGCGGUAAGGGAACAGAGUAAAAUUUGUAAAGCUCAACCAACAAGUUCAGACGGCCUCAAUAAGAUGAGACUUUCAGAAGCUUCUUCUUCGCGACUUCGUAUGAUCGUACAACAGUCAACAGGUGGUCUUAACUGCCACUGAGGCACCACCCCAGCCUUCCUUGGCAAAUCUCUAGGCUCUAGCACAAUAUACCACUGCAGCAAGUAGACCUUAAUUAAAGACCAGUUAAAAUUUGCAACAAAAACCUGCAAAACUAGAUUGCUGGUCAGUUACAUGAUCCAGAUUUCUGUCUUUCCGCACUUGUUGUGUUGUGUGUGCGGCAUGCAGUUACUAGUUGCAGAAAGUGUGGAAGUUUGCAUGCCUAGAUCUUUAAAACUAAACAUGUUUGCAUCGGUCAAAAUAGAGUCCCCGAGUUGUAAUUCUGACAGAACCUUGCUUUCACCAUGGGCGCAACAAAUC